GCCGCGCAGAUGGCCGGGGCGAGCGAGAUCUGAGGCUCUGCUCCCCGAAACGUGACCAUGUGGAUUCAACAGCUUUUAGGACUCAGGACUGACAAUCUGGAUAAAGAAGCCUGAACAACCACAUCAGAAUCUGGCUUCUGACAAAUGCUGAGAGAGACAGCUGACUCCAAGAGGGCUGGUGGACAGCUGAUCAGAGCUGCACAGUUCCAUGUUCAUCCGCUGGCCCGGCUGCUCCCUAGGAAGCCAUGCUUGGAUCCUUAUAGCCAUGUUUCAGCUCGCCCUGGAUCUGCCCGCGUGUGAGUCCCUGGGCCCGGGUCCCGAGUUCCGGCUACUGCCUCGGCCACCCCACCGGCCGCCUCGCUUGUGGAGUUUUAAGAGUGGACAGCCCGCCAGGAUCCCUGCACCCGUGUGGAGCCCCCGGCCGCCCCGCGUGGAGCGCGGACACAGUCACGGACAGAUGCCGAGUCCCCGGGCCCGACGGGCACACAGACCCAGGGACCAGGAGGCCACUCUGGGGCCCAAAGAGGGGCUGGCCAAGCCCCCAGCUGCUGCCAAAUCCAGCCCUUCCCUGGGCUCCUCCCCCACCUCCUCCUCCUCUGCAGGGGCCAGUGGGGCCCCCACGGACCAGCAGGCCCUCCUGCGGCGGGGGAAGAGGCACCUACAGGGGCCCGCUUUCAACAGCUUUGACUUCCGGGGCAGCAGGCCCACCACGGAGACGGAGUUCAUUGCCUGGGGUCCCACGGGGGAGGAGGAGGCCCUGGAAUCCAACACAUUCCCGGGCUUUUCCGGCCCCACCACGGUCUCCACCUUCCAAACACGGAAGACAACUGUGGCCUCUGCCACCACCACGGCCACAGCCGCCACAGCCCCCUCUGUGACACUGCAGACUCAAGGGGUCACCGAGCCCCUGGACCCCCGGAGUAGGAUCCCGGUUGGGGUAAGCACAACGGAGCCUUCCACCAGUCCCAGCAGAGACAGUGGCCAAGACAGCCAGCCCCCGCGGGUUCUGGGGGAGACCUCAGGUUUGGCCGUCCAUCAGAUCAUCACCAUCACCGUCUCCCUCAUCAUGGUCAUAGCUGCUCUGAUUACAACUCUUGUCUUAAAAAACUGCUGCGCGCAGAGUGGGAACCCACGUAGGAACAGCCACCAGCGGAAGACGAACCAUCAGGAGGAGAGCUGCCAGAACCUGACAGACUUCACACCUGCCCGGGUACCCAGCAAUCUGGACAUCUUCACGGCCUACAAUGAGACCCUCCAGUGUUCCCACGAGUGUGUCCGGGCAUCCGUGCCCGUCUACACCGACGAGACGCUGCACCCGGCCGGGGAGUACAAGUCCACGUUUAAUGGGAACCGGCCCUCUUCUUCUGAUCGUCAUCUUAUUCCUGUGGCCUUUGUGUCUGAGAAAUGGUUUGAAAUCUCCUGCUGACUGGCCGAAGUCUUUUUUACCUCCUGGGGGCAGGGCAGACGCCAUGUGUCUGUUUUAUGGAUUCCGUUGGUGAACCUGUAAAAAAAUUAAAAAUUACAAAAAAACCCACAAAACCUAAAACUAAACUAUCUAAGGGGAGGGUCCCCACCCCUACCACUUCUGUUUGCCGGUGGGGAACUCUCAGAGCAGGACGCUAUAGGCCAAAUAUAUUUUUAUAAAAAUGCUGACGCCUAUGGGGGACUGCCUUCUCCCAGAGCUCCUUUGGGAAACAGAAAGAAGACCCAGCAGAAGGACCCGGAGACAGAAAAAGGGCAGGAGGACGCACCAGAAGCUGGAGUUUGUACUUCGAUUCUGAACCUGUGCCAAUAAUACCAUUAUGUGCCAUGUACUGACCCGAGAGACUUGGUGACAAAGCCGAAGCCAAGCGAACCAUGAGGAGUAAACUUACAGAAAACAGGAGUGGGCAUCUCUUCUGUAGAGUCACUAUUUCUGGUUAAUAUACAUAUAUAAAUAUAUAAAGACACACAGAUACACACACACACACACACACACCCCUUUUUUGUACCGUAGCAAUUUUUGAAAACCUUCAAUGUUCCUUUUUAAAAAAAAAAAUGUGUUCUCGGUUACAAAAUCUGAUUUCUUUAACAUGCUUAGUAUGAACAGGAUGAACUGGUGUUUUCUACUUUGCAGGCUCACACGCAGGCACACGUGCACAUACACACACGUCCACACAUAUAUAUGCAUACACUG